UAUUAUCGAUGCAAAUGACAUGUGUAUAUUUUGGCAUAUAAUGAUACACUAUACAUUUUUGCUAAGAAAUUCCGAAAAUCGUGUAAAUGUCAAAGUUCAUUCGAAUAAUAUUGCGAUAAAUUUACCUUUGCAAUUAUAUUUCUGUAUCUUCUUUCACAUUUUUCGCCACAUUAUUGUUCGAAAAAAGUUUUAGACACAAUACAUGUUAGAAUUGCGUAUUAAUUAUCAUCUCUGAUUUAUUACACUUCAUUUGAGACUCGAGACAUCGCGGCAUUCUUCAUGGCGACGUUACUGAUUUCGAUUCAUGUCACAGUGUGCGAUCAAAAAAAUAUUUAUUCUACUUAAAAGGAUUGAUUGAAUCGUAAUCGAAAGGCAAAAUGGAAUUAAUGAGAAACGUAUGGAGGAAGUAUACGUUCAUGUACAAAAGCGGUGUGCAAUGUAUAUCUUUAAGACACAGCGGCGGUACAACGUCGAACGUGGCCGAGGUAGCUGUAUUUUCGCGGGACGGUGAUUCCGGACUGACAAUCACGGAUGCCGGAGACACAAAACCGAAGGAUGAUAUGAUUUUCAAUGCUCUGGGAGCGACUGACGAGCUGUCCUCUUACAUAGGACUGGCGAGAGAAUUUGCCUGUGAUGGAAAGGUCGAACAUCCGUAUGUCGAUAAGCUCAAGAGGGUGCAAAUGAUUUUGUUUGAUCUGAGCCACGCCAUAUCGAAGUCGGUGCCUGGGAAAACCAGAUCCUUCGAAAGCAAGCAUACCAAAGACCUCGAAGAGUGGAUCCUAGAAUAUGCAAAUCAACUCCCUCCUCCGGAGGAUUACAUCAUUCCAGGUGGUGGAAAAGCAUGCGCUUCCCUACAUGUUGCACGAACAGUAUGUAGGCGUGCAGAGAGAAGUAUUAUAACAUUAGUGCGAGAUGGUGCCCUGGAUAAAGAGGCACAAACGUAUUUGAAUAGAUUAUCAGACUUCCUAUUAACGGUAUCACGCAUCGCGGCCAAAUGUGAUCAACGUACGGAGAAUAUUUAUAUUCCACGAGCGGAAGUCACGGAGGAGAAAUAAAUGGACUGAGAUUUAGAAAUUUUUGUAGGAUUUACAAUUAAUUUUUUUUGCACUGACUUAAAUAUAUAGUCAACAGCUGCAUAUGGAAAUUAAAAUAUAACUAUAGAGAAUGAACAUUUUAAUUAUUGUAAUUAAUUAUCUUCAUUAGCUUUCAAAUCUUUGUCUUACAAUGCUUAUUAUAUAUCAAAGAGUAUAUAAUUUUACAGGAGCUAGAUAUAUAUCACAGUAAAUAUAUAUUAUAUUGACUUUCAAAUAAAUAUAAAUAGUUAUAAAUAAGAAAAAUGUAUGAAAAAGAAAAGUGUUGUGAUUCUCUUAUAGCUGUAUCUUAAUCAAAAAAUUUAACGCAGGUUUAUGAAUAAAUACAUAUGAUAAAGA